UCAUUUACGCUCCUGCUCCCUCGUCUCUCCCUAAUUCCCUAAGAAGUAAUAGCGAUCUGUCAGCCCUACGCCGCCCACUCUUCGAAUCCAUCUGCGGCGGAGCAUCGAACGCCACAUGCGGUCCUUCGGCAAGCUAACCGCGGUUUCCGGAGGCCGCCCCGCGGCGGCCACCGCCCUGUAUGCCUACUCCACCUUGCCUGGUGGUGGUGGUGGUGGCGGUGGCGGAAGAGGAAGAGGCCGAGGUUCGGGACCCCCGACCCCUGUCCCUGGCCAACCCGCUCCCCACGAAGGCGACGAGCAUGGUUUUGCCCCGCCGGGCGUUGGCCGCGGGAGAGGCCAACCCGUACUGCCGUCCUCUCCUGUCCUCCCCUCUUUCUCGUCUUGGAUGUCCCCUGGGGAUCCUGCUUCUGUAGGGCGGGGCCGCGGGCGCUUCGCCCCGUCGCCGCCGCCGCCGCCGCCUCCUUCCGAUCCCUCCGAAUCCUCCGCAGGUCCUAAAAAGCCGAUUUUUUUCAGGCGGGAGGAAGUGCCUUCCGACUUGGGAGACAAACCUAAGUUAGCUGGCUCGGAUGAAGUCGCUCCGCUUCCUCGGAGCAUGUCCCCUGGACCCUCUGGCGUCGGGAGGGGCAAGCCCACCCGCGUUCCCGAAUCAGAUGCCCGGCCGCGCGAGGAGAAUCGUCAUCUCCGGCAGAGACCAGCUCCUAGGUCUGGUCCGGAAACGUCUGCUCAGACGGCGAGCCAGACGAGGAUGGGACGGGAGGAGGCUGUAAAAAGGGCUGUUGAGGUCUUGUCUCGUUCGGGCGGCGGGCAGGGCCCUGGGAGGGGAAGAGGAGGUAGAACGAUGACCCGGGGAAGAGGGAGAGGGAGAGGCGGAAGGUCCGGGGGACGAGGAGGAGCAGAGGAACAGGAACUCGACAUUGGCAUUUAUCUUGGAAACAAUGCUGAUGGAGAGAAAUUGGAGAAGAGGCUUGGAGAAGAGAAGAUGAAUCUACUGAAUGAAGCAUUUGAAGAAAUGAGCUUGAGAGCUCUGCCAUCUCCACUGGUGCAGGCUUAUUUGGAGGCCCAACACUAUAACAAUAUGAUUGAGUAUGAGCCAGAAUACUUGGUUAAUUUUGAAAAUCCAGAUAUCGAUGAGAAGCCACCGAUGUCCCUUGAGGAAGCACUGCAGAAGGCUAAGCCAUUCUUGAUGGCCUAUGAAGGGUUCCAAAGCCAUGAACAAUGGGAGGAAGCUGUAAAUGAAAUUAUGAAAAAAUUGCCUUUGAAGGAAGAACUUAUUGAGAUGUAUUGUGGGCCUGAUGUAAUUACUGCUAAGCAACAACAGGAAGAGUUGGAGAGGGUGGCAAAGACUGUUCCAGAGAACGUACAUUCUUCUGUGAAGAAGUUUACUGAGCGGGCUGUUCUUUCUCUUCAGAGCAACCCAGGUUGGGGCUUCGACAAGAAAUGUCAGUUCAUGGACAAGCUUGUGCGGGAGGUCUCACAGCAGUACAAGUAAUUCAUAAUCCCUCGCCGGAUCAACAAAGCUUCCAUGCAUUUAACCUAAACCAGUUUUUCGCGCUGAGAGCCUUUCUAUGAUACCUUAAUUUGCUCUUGUUAAUUUCAAUCUCCAGAAUAAGAUGUAGUCGACUACUUGUAACUUUAGCAUGCUGCUUGUCGAAGUCGACAAAUAGGAGUUUCCUAGGAAAUGGGAGUUGGAUCCCUGUCUUAUGUUUGUUUUUCGAUCAUUUUGCUGAUAGUAAUUCAUGAUCUUUUAGUGAAAAAGGAAUAAUAACAAUUAUUUGAAAUUUGAUUAGAUGCCUGUAGUCAAUCAGUAUCUUUAUCUGGAUCAA